AAAAGGAUAAAGUCUAUAUGUUAAACACACUUAGUUAGUUCUUCAUUAAAACGGAUUGAAUGCAGUUUAACAUACAACAAUAGAGAGAAAACGUACCCAGAAGUUAUGGAAGCAAACGUUAUGGACGGCGAUCGAGAAACCAUGAAAAAUACACAUAUUUUGUACCUUCUAAUGGAGAUAUUGGUUCUUCUUUUGAAAGUAAUAUAUUAUAUUUUCGAAAGUAUGUACCAUUUGAUCGUUCCACUGAAGAAAAAGAAUGUAGCUGGUGAAAUUGUUUUGAUAACAGGUGCAGGUCAUGGUAUCGGAAAGGAGUUAGCGAUUGGCUAUGCUUCGUUAGGAGCAACAGUCGUAUGUUGGGACAUUAAUGAAAAAACCAAUAAUGAAACAAUGAACGAUAUUAAAAAAAUAGGAAGACAAUCUGUAUAUGCGUAUAAAUGUGAUGUAGCGAAUAGGGAGGAAGUCUUUAGAGUAGCCGAGAAAGUAAAAAAAGAAGUGGGUGACGUUACUAUCUUGGUUAACAAUGCCGGUAUAGCGUUUGUUAAAUCAUUCCAAAAUCAUAGCCUAGAUGAAAUUGCACGAGUCAUAGACGUUAAUGUGACAGCGCAGUACUGGACAUUAAAAGCAUUCUUACCAAGUAUGAUCAAAAAUAAUUACGGUCAUAUUGUGGCGCUCUCAUCAGUAACAGCAUUUAUUGGUGCUCAUUGCGGAACCGUAUACUGUCCUACAAAAUCCGCAACUAAAGUACUUAUGGAAGCCAUGUCUGAAGAACUACGUGCAUUAAGUAACGGAAAAUCAUCUAUUAAAUUCACUACGGUUUAUCCAACUCUAGUACAUACUGGAAUGUGCAAAAAGCCAAAAAUUAGAUUUCCACGAAUAAUGGGAGGACUUUCACCGCAAUAUGUGGCAUCGGCAAUAAUUGAUGCGCAAAGACGAAAUUAUAAAGACAGAAGUAUACCUUUUCAUUACCUGUUUAUUUCUAACUUAAUAAGAUAUUUACCCGAUAAAGCACUAUUGAGCAUUCUAGACUUCUUUGAUUCAGGCGUUUAUCCGGAAGAUUAAAAAACUUAUAAGGUACUUACAAAAUUAAAACUUUUUAUUCAUAUAGUUUAAUAUUAUAUCACAAUAUAUAUUUCUCUUCUUUUCCUUGUUGCUGUAAUCUUAUAAGACGAUAAUUACACUGUGUUACACAAAAAAAACAUCUUUUUUCUCUCUCUCUCUCUGAAGUGCAACUAUACGGUUCCUGAAGAAAACACUUUUGGAAACUUUUAUUCCAAUUUACUCAAAAUCCUGACGUGCUAGGCGAAUUCUUCAAACGGCAUCGUGUUCAACGCGAAAAAAUCUUCAGAAAACGUAUGAUCGCACUUCGGAAAGUAUUUUGCUGUAACACAGUGUUAUUUAAGCAAUUAAUUGUAAUCAAUUUAUCUACAUAUAUUAUAAACUCAAUAAAAUGCUUGUGUUUUUAAUAAUAAUA